CACUGAAACCUCGCUACAGCAGCUAAGAAAUGUCCCGAAUAUCGAUUACUGUGAAUUUCAGUUUCAAGUUUACAUGUUUUGAUAUACCUAACCACUUUAUUGGGAAGAAAAUGAAACAAUAGUUAAUUUAGCAAAACAUUGCAAUGUAUUACGUUGCUAUCGUCUUCUGUUUGAUUAUAACAAUUGAAGCGCGGGGUCCUCACCACCCCAGGGGGGACAAAAUCGUAAAAAGGCAUGUUCAUUACAGACCUACGAAAGAAAAUGGGGAGAAGUUAACUCAAGAUGACAAUUUGCUUCACGAUAGGGAGCAUAUUCAGGAACAUCUAGAAGAACUGGUGAGCGAACCCGACCUAACGAACAUGACUGACGAGCAACUAGAAUUCUACUACUUUCAUUUACACGACGUGGACAAAAACAACCAAUUGGAUGGCUUGGAAAUACUCCGAGCUAUCUACCACAUCGACCACCACGAGCAUGAAGGUGCCGGUGAUGGGAUCGAUGAAAAUGAAGAAAAAGAAGAUCACGAUGUCGAAACUGAAUCUUCCAAGUAUUACGUUGAUUUAAUAGACGAAGUAUUAAGUGAAGAUGAUACUGAUAAUGAUGGUUUUCUAAGUUAUCCUGAGUAUGUGGAAGGAAGAAAGAGAAAAAAACCCAAUGGAAAGGAUCCAGGUGAAAUUAAAAUGCUACACUGAGACACUUAAGAGGCCAAAUGUUUAUAUUCCUGUUUUAUUAAAUAAAUGUACUGCAAUCCUGCAGCCUAAAACUUUUUAGAAAAAGA